AAAAUGCACGAACGAAAUCUAUUUUGCAAGAAUCCGCCAGAUUUCAAGGCUCUGGCUCUGAAAUACAAAUCAUUUGCGGAACAUGCACGUUUCGAUGGAUCUCUUGACUUCCAAGAUGCAGCAGCACUACGAGCACUUACUACCACUCUGCUUGAGGACGGCUUCGGGUUGAAGGUACAGCUGCCAAAGGAUCGUUUAUGUCCACCUGUUCCCAAUCGUCUGGACUAUAUGCUGUGGCUCCAGGAUCUUCUAGAUUCUACUGAACCGAGUUGCGAAACGAAAGCAGGAGAAGAGCGGGAAAAUGGGCCAUGUGUACUUGACAUUGGCACCGGCGCCUCUGCCAUAUAUCCGCUUCUUGGAUGUGCACUCAGGCCCACCUGGUCGUUCAUUGCGACCGACAUCGACGGCGAUUCGAUCGUUGGUGCUCGGCAAAGUGUUGCAUUGAAUGGCUUAGAAGAUCGAAUACGUCUACUAAAUACAAGAGUCGAGGACAAGUUGAUCAACCUUGAUGCAUGGGGGGUGAAAAUGUUGGACGCAGUUAUGUGCAAUCCACCAUUCUACGACAGUGCUGAAGACAUGCAAAAGAGCGAGUCAGUCAAAGAAGAACAGCCAUUCGCGGCGCUGACGGCGACUAAGAACGAGUUGAUUACCCCUGGAGGCGAACUUGCGUUCAUCCGCCGCAUUCUCGCCGAGUCACGGACAUUAGGUACUCGCGUACUCUGGUACACGUCGUUAUGUGGUCACCUGUCAACAUUGCAAGAGAUCUCCAGAGAACUAAGUGAGGCGAAUAUGAAUUAUGGGGUGGGAGAAUUCGUGCAAGCCCGGACGAAGAGAUGGGUCAUUGGUUGGAGUUUCCGGCCGUAUAGACCGGACGAUGAGACAGCAAGACAUGCAGCGAGAUCAGAGUCAGGGACAAUAUGGCUUGGCAAAAAGUGCAAGUUGCCUCCUUCAACAAUCUUCUCGUUUAUGUUGAGGCAAAAACAAGACCUCGUCGACGUGAAAGCGAAACUGGUGAAGGCCACAGAUGAAGUUGAUGUUAGGCUCGAAUGGGAAGAUUUGGACCAGGACCAUCGCAUUGCUAAAGGUUUUGCGAACGUCAAUACCUGGUCACGUUCAGCCCGGCGAAAACGGAAGCGUGACGAAGAGGCCGAACCAAUGCCGGAAGCAAAGGCGAAGGACGAAGUGGAUGCAAAUUUUGGAUUCACCAUUGAGUUGAGGGGAUACACAGUCAAGAUACGAUGGACGCAAGGCUUUGAUAAGCUGGUCUACGAAAGCUUCUGUGGGUGGGUAAAACGGGCUUUGGAUACCUAAACUCCAGAAUCAGAUCUGGAAGAAGCAGGUCAUCUCCCGGAGAUCUCGUC